UUUCUGGUUCUGAGCAUGUUCUGUCUAUGGGUGCUUUAUAUUCAUCUAUGCAAUAUGAAAAGGUUGCCAAGUAUUUUCUUAACAAAAAUGUGCAUGACAAGCUUUCUAGCAAUUCAUAUCUAGCUAUGCAAUAUCAUACAGCUGCUAACUUCAUGUCUCGUAGUGAUAUACAUGAACAAUUUUCUUAUGAUUUUUUUCCAUCGCUGCACUAUGUUACUUUUAUUAACAGUGAAAGUGUUCAUAACAUUGAAGGGCAUUCAAAGCAUUCCAGUGAAUUAUAUUCAUCUAUGCAAUACAUCUCUGGUAUUAACAGUAUUCGUAACAGUGAUUUGCAUGAAAAAUUUCCUUUUAACACUGAAGAAGCCUUCCAGUAUAAACAGACUUUCAUCCCCAGGAGAGAUUUUCAUAGCCAAGAUAUUAGUGAAAUAUCUCCUUCCAGAGAUUUGUAUUCCAAAAAACAAGAUGCUGAAGGAAAUAAAAUUAAUGGAAAAGAAAAUUUUGAAAAAUUGUCUGACAACUGGGGUACAGUUUUGAAAUUUAAAGCCAGAAUGAAUUCUUACCAAAGCAAUGAGACCCAUGAUAAUUCUAUGCCUGAAUUGUGCCAAAAAGAUCAGAUAGUUUUUUAUGCAAGCUUGAUUUUGCAUGUUAGCAAUAACCUUACUAAUGCUCAAGAAGAUUUGAUUAUGCUCAAGUGGUCAAAUUUUAUUUCUAAAGAUCCUGAUAUGAUUUUUAUUUCAAGAACGGAAUCUGAUGUUUUGGGAUAUACUGGAAAGUACAUUUUGACUGGAGGACCAGGAAAUGUGAUCGAAUCUUUGUCAAAGAGUGUAGAGAUAUCAUGGCAUAUAGCAUGUGGAUUCUUUGAACAGCUGCAUGACUUCACUAGAAUUCUACAACACAAUAUUGAUGUUGGAAGAGUGAGUGCUGAGAUAGGAUUUAAUGUGAUAGCCUGGUUUGUGUACACAGAUAGACCAUUGCCUAAACGUGUAAGACGACAAGCCCAUUCUGGUAAGAGACAGACAGUAACACCUACAUUUUCACUACCAGCUCCAACAACUUUAUCAGAGAUGUCAACAACAGUAACAGAAAGCUUGUUGUCUUCUUUCUUCAAUGGGAUGUCUUCAGAUAUUACAUCUUCUGUUAUUUUCUCAUCAUCAUCUAGUUUACUGCCAACAUCAGUAUUUUCAGUUACAUCUUUAGUGACAACAGAAAGGGUCUUUUCUUCAGUAAACAUAAGUUUUACUGUUCCUAUUACUUUUACUACAACAUACAGUCCAGGAGUUUCUUCUGUUUUCACAAAGUUUGUUAUAUCUUCACCAAUUACAACAUUUGCUGCUAGUAAGAGUUUUUCUGGAUUUUCCACUGUUUUUUCUUCAUUGAAAACCAGUCUGGCAUCUUUUACAACUCCUUCACUUUUGCCAUCAUUUUCAUCUUCAUCCUACCUUUCUUUAAAGUCAACAUCAGUCAUGCACUCAAAAUCAACAUCAUUCAUACUGUCAACCCAUUCUUAUGUCCUUAGCUCGAAAAGCAGUACAGAAGAAAUUUUGUUGACACCAAGUUUAAAUUCUUCCUUAUAUCCUGAUACUUCAGUUCCCUCAUUAAGCCCAGUAUUCUCUAUAGAAUCGGUAUAUACUUCAUCAUUUCAAGAUAUUUCUACAAAUUUCAUUUCUAGUUUUUCUAUUGUGUCUUCAUCAAAAAUUGAAUCUACAUAUUUUUCAGUGACUAAUAUUUUAGAGACAUUUGUCACAUCCAGCUCGUUGAGGUCAACAUCUAUACUUGAAUCCUCACUUUACACAAGCUCCUUGUCAGAAGGAAUUAAAUCUAUAUCAAUGUCAGUAACAUCAAAUUUAAGUGCUUCAGAGUCUGGUAAAAGCUCCUCUUUGUCAUCGUAUGAGAUGUUAUCUUCUACCUCAUCUUUUUUACUUCCAUCAUACAUUGAAAUAGUCACUACAAUAUAUUCCAUUAAUUUCUCCACACCAUUCCUUAGUUCUACUGAAAUAUUUGAAUCAUUAGAGUCACUAACAUCUUUUGUUACUCCUCUUUCUGCUUCAGCACUUACUUCAUUGUCUGAUACAUUAGUAUCAAGGUCAUCCAACUUACCAUCAGAAUUUUUGCCCUAUGGAUUAUCUUCAAGUUCAUCUGUGUUUCCAUCAUUGCUAAUUUCUUCUUCAGUUUUAUCUCAAGCAAGCAACGCAGCAUAUUUGUCUACACUUGCUGUUGAAAGUGAUACAGGAAUAUUUCUUUCUACAUCUUUGAUCAAGUCUGUUAUGACAAGUGCAUUCCAGUCUUCUUACACAGUACUACCUUCAUUAAGUUCAUUUUCAAAAUAUAUUUCCUUUUCAUCAACCUUUGUCUUAUCACCAACAAAAUUAAUUACAAAUGCCUCAAUAUAUUCAAUAUCAGUGAGCACAAUCUUUCCAACAACAGUGGCCCAGCCAUACCUUACAACACCAGUAUCAGUGACUACCUCAUCUUCAGAGCUAUUUUCACCUAAAGUUUCCUCAAGUGUUUUGUCAGAAAUGACUAAUACACCACACAAGUCAUCAAUAAUUCUAUCAAGCCCAGUAGUUACUGCUGCAACUUUUUCUUCCAUCGAAACUUCUAUCAGAGUUAGAUCUACAUCAGAAAUCAUUUCACCAUUAUCAAGCAUUCAGAUAUUUUCGUCAUUUCGUUCAAGUUCAACAGUUGCCAAAGAAAGCUCAGUAUAUGAAUUGACACCAAGUUUACCAGAAUUAAGUACUUCUGAUAUGCUGAACAGUGCCUAUUCAACAUCUAAAUCUUCAGUUUUUACAACUGUGCCAUCAUCUGACAGGUCUUCAGUGGUCUCUACAUUGGUACUAUCUACUAGUAUUUUACCAUCAAGAGCAUCAGUGACAUAUUCAGUAACAUCAGUGGGGAGCACAAAAGUUGUAUCAACGGCUGCUCCAGAUGAGUCCCCAAGUCUAGAGAAGUCUAUUGACCAUCUUAAAGUCAUUGUUGGAAGAUACUUCAAAUUUCAAAUCCCAGAUGGUACUUUCUCCGACAAAGAAGAUGGCAAUACACGAAACCUGAGUUUGAGGAUAAGUCUGACAUAUAGUAAACCAUUUCCUGAAGAUGCCUGGCUUAUGUUUAAUGAAACGUCACAAACCUUUUAUGGAAUUCCAUUAAAAAAUGAUUCAGAUGGAGAAAGCGUUAUAAGUGAGUUCACAUUGAUAGCAGAGGAUUCGCAGGGUCAGGUUGCAAAGGAUGCAAUUAGUUUAACGUAUGAAUAUGAAAAGGAUGUAAAUCAUAGGAUUAGUGUGGCCUUCAAUGGCAGUUAUGAAAAGUUUACAAAUGACAGAAUGAAUUUAAUUAAGGUUGCUGAAAAAAUAGCAGACUUUUAUAAUGAUGAAAAUUUAAACUUUUUGACAUUUUCUAAUGUAGAGACGGGAUCUGUUGUUAUUGUUUGGAGUAAUAACUCCUUGAUAGGGACUACUUGUAUUAAAAGCAAGAUUCAGGAACUCUAUAACAGACUCUCUGAUGAUAAUGGAACAAUUUCAGACCAAUUUGUAGCAUUAUUUACAGACUUUACACCAAUUAACACAAGUUUUGAAUUUUUGGGGGCUUGUCUUUUACCAAUUACAUCUUUUGCCCCACCCACAAAAUCUCCUGUCAGUGAAACUGAUAACAGAAUGUGGAUAGAAAUAGUUCUUCCAGCUUUAAUUGCCAUAUUAGUUAUAGUGAUAAUUGCAUUAUUACUUCUUAUCUGUUGUCGUCAUAGACGACCGAGCAAAGAAAUCAAAGAUGCUGACAAACCUGCCUUCCUGGAGGAUCGACGUCCAAUAAUCUUCCCAGAAGAGUUAGAAAUGGUUGAUCCUUCAUUAAAACCAAAGACACCUCUUGUGCUGCCAUCAGACUAUUUAACAGAAACUCCUCCUGCUGUACCACCACAUGGGCGACCAGCCCCACCUUACCGAACACCCAUGUUGGAUGAGGAUAGGUUUCCAGGGGAGGAUGAAAAUCCGCCCCACCUGUCUACAUAUGGGGGACAUUCACAACAAACAGAACCACCACCAUACCGUCUACCUCCACCAUACUACAAUCCACACAGAAUGGCAUAGAUUACUUAUGUACAUCUAGAGUUAUUUUUUGUAUAAAUGUAAGAUUUGUAGAAAUCAUUACCUUUGUUUAUCUGUUACCUUUGUAUAAACUCUUUUAUUGUUCUGUAAGAUUUAUCCAUUAUCUUUCUAUUAACUAAGAUUUAUAGUGAAUUAUAUUUUUGGGGGUUGAAGUUAAUGUAAAAGGCCUAUUAUAGAUAUAGAUCAAACAGAUAUGCAUUUAAUUCUAAGGUACCAUACUUUCACCAUCAUAAAAAAAUUGUAAUUUUGAUUAAAUAUUUAUUAAGAUUUAGUCAGACAUGUGAACAUCUCGGAGAGCCAAAGGGAGAUUAUAGAUUGUGACACAAACUUUUGCAGUUUUAUGAUUAAUUUUACAUUUAAGUAAACAAAUGCUUAAAUUGUCUUCUGUUUCCAACUCUCUUUUUCAGUCUAAUUACUUUAGAAAAUUAUCCUCAGUGUCAUCAUAGAAAAAUACUUUUCCGUAGGAUUUAAGCUUAAACUUUUGUUUGAUGUACUUUAUAUACUAGGUGUGUUCCCUCCUGCAGUUUGUAUGUUUUGGCAGUCAUUUGCAAUAGUUUCUCAUUCGGCGAAUUUAGCAUUCUGGAGAUUUCUCGCCAAAUCUCGAAUUUUCAAAACGAGGCACAGACUGCCAGGUCAGAACUAAGUGAUAAUGAUAACGAAGCGAUAGGAUGCUGUUUGACAAAAUAAUUUACCACUCCUACAGAAAGAUCCCUUAAACGUCAAUGAAAAUGAAAUCUUAAAAGUAAAUUUUUAUUGAGUUACAAAUAUAAGACCAAAGUUGGUAGAUCCAAAUUACAGAAGUGUGACACAGUCCUCUGACAUUCAAAUAACUGCUAUUUUUCAAAGAGGUAGUUGAUAUCCAUGACGUGAAUCCCAUUUUUUGUUAUACUUAUGCGUUUUUACCAGGAAGGAAAAUUGUAGAUGCAGAGCCUCAUUACUGCCAAAACAGUUACACACAAACCGGAUAUUCUCACCUGCUUCUAUAAUCAGUGACAGAUUAUUAGUCCCCUACUGGUUAAAAACCCGUGUUGGGGACUAUAGGAAUACACUUUUCCAUCCGCCAUUCCGUCUGUCCUUCCGUCUGCAAUUUCGUGUCCGGUCCAUAACUCUGUCAUUCAUAAGGGAUUUUAAUAUUACUUGGCACAAAUGUUCCCCAUGAUGAGACGACAUGUCAUGCACGAAACCUGGAGCCCUGGCUCAAAGGUCAAGGUUACAAUUGGAGGUCAAUGGUCAACAGGGCUUUUUUCCGGUCCAGUCCAUUACUCUGCCAUCCAUGAAUAUUACUUGGCACAAAUGUACCUCAUAAUAAGACGACAUGUCGUGCACAACUUUCAGACCCCUAGCUCAAAUGUCAAGGUCACACUUGGCAGUCAAAUGUUACAUGGCAUGCAUGGACAGGGUCUGUUUCGUGUUUGGUCCAUAACUCUGUCAUUCAUUGAAGGAUAUUGAUAUUACUUGGCACAAAUAUUUCCCAUGAUGAGACAACAUGGCAUGCGCUAAACCCGGACCCAUAGCUUAAAGGUCAAGGUCACAAUUUGAGGUCAGAGGUCAACAGGUUUUUUUUUUCUGUCCAGUCUGUAUCUCUGUCAUCCAUCAAGGGAUUACAGUUUUACUUGGCAUAAAUGUUCCCCAUGAUGAGAUGACAUGUCAUGCGCAACACCCAGAACCCUAGCUUAAUGAUCAAGGUCAAACUUGGAGAUCAGAGGUCAAUAGGAUUUUUUUCCUGUCCUGUCUAUAACUUUGUCAUGCAGAACAGGAUUUAAAUAUCACUUGGAACAAAUAUUCCCCAGGAUGAGACAAAGUGACAUGCACAAAAGCCUGGCCUUUGGCUGAGAGGUCAAGGUCAGACUUGGAAGUCAAAGGCCAAAAUGGCUUUUUUCCUGUCCAGUCUGUAACUCGACAAUCCUUAAAGGGAUUUUAAUAUUACCUGGCACAAAUGUUCACCACCAUGAGACACAGUGUCAUGUGCAAGAACCAGGUCCCUAGGUCUAAGGUCCAGGUCUGACUUAGAGGCCAAAGGUCAGAUACAAGGAUGACUUUGUUCGGAGCAUUUCUUCUUCAUGCGUGGAGGGAUUUUGAUGUAACUUGAAACAAAUGUUUACCACCAUGAGACGGAUUGUCAUGGGCAAGAGCUAGGUCCCUAGGUCUGAGGUCAAGGUCACACUUAGAGGUAAAAUGUCAAAUUCAAGAAUACCAUUCUAUGGAGCAUUUCUUCUUAAUGCAUGGAGGGAUUUUUAUGUAACUUGGCACAAAUGUUCCACACCAUGAGGCACCCAUGUUUUUAGAAUUACUUCCCUUUGUUUUUACUAUAAAUAGCUUAUAUUGUAACUUUUUAUGCCCCCGAAGGGAGGCAUAUUAGUUUUCAACUGUCUGUUCAUUAGUUCUUUCGUCACAACGUUAACUUUUUGCAUGAAGGCACUUUACUCGCGAACCACUGCAUCCAGGACCUUCAAACUUCACAAGCUGAUAGUACUUAUUGAGUACACGACCCCUACUGACUUUGGGGUCACCAGGUCAAAGGUCAAGGUCACCAGGUCAAAGGUCAAGGGGCUGCGGGGGCAUUUGUCACCAUUAGUGACAGCUCUUAUUUAUUACUGGCCGUAGGGAAAUAUCGAGACCACUUUUCUGUGGUACAACAUGCAUGUUACAACCAAUUUUUAGGUGUAUUUUGACCUAUCUCUACCUGGUGAAGAGUUUUGUGCAGAUUUAUAUUAUAUAGAUUUUUUUUUAGGAUUAACUUGCCUUUGGUGUUACUAUAAAUAAACAGUAGAGAAAAUUAGGUGCCUUCCAGUUGGGGACUUUGUAUUGCAUGACAAUACUUCAUUCACUUGUUAUAUUCUUGUUUGAUAGGAAGUUGUAAACCAUAUUUUUGUUGCAGUUAGCAACAUAACAUUAAUCCUCCUUGUGCAAUGUUGUUGUUCCGUUGAUGUUGUGACUUUACUGUUUACAAGCUGGUAUGCCAAAUAUAUAUUUACGCUUUUAUGUAACUUAAGCCAUUUUUGGUGCUCACUUUUUAUUUUAGAUAUUACACAUUUUACAUUUUUAUGCCAAGUCUAGUCAUUACACUUAUUGAUAUACAUGUAGCAAUUGUCCUUAAUGCUUGUUUAUCCUUAUGUUCUUUUUUCUAUGUAUAUUGAUUUUUAUGUCCAGAUUGCUUUUGCUUUUGCUUAUAACUUUUUGUUGAAAGCUUGAAAUUUACUCACUGCUGAUUCUUCUUUUAUCUUAUCUUGUUUUUGUAUCAUAUCUGUAGAUGCCCAGCAUACAGUGUAGUGUUGAUUUGAUAUUUUUUGUAUGUCUUUUAUUUCACAAUAUUUCCAGUCCAUAUGUAUUUCUAUACAUGAGGCUAUAUACAGCUUAUACAUCACCAGUGAAUCUUGUAACCAUAAAGGGGUAGCAUUCCUGUGGUCACAAGUUUUGGCUGGCUACAUUUGUUUACAUAUGUCACAUCAUGAGAAAAAAUUGCAUUUUUGCUGUAGUUGCCCACAGAAAGUGUUGUGAGGUGUUGUUGGAACAUUUGCUAUUCAAACAGCUACCAUUAGUUGACAAUUUAUUUGACAUCCGUUUCUUUAAGAGUAUUGAAAAUUGAAUCAAAUAAAUCACUGUGGAAGAAAAAACACACCUCAUAAUCACAGUUUAUUCCUUAAACAUAUUUGAUAAUCUGUCUUUAAAAAUUAUCAAGUACCUGGUUAUAUUUAGCAGCUGAAUUGUUUUACCAGAUAAUUUGCAUGUUUCACUGUGGUAAUAUUUUGGACUAUAUAACUAUAUUGAAUGUUAUCCAGUCUACUAUUGAGUACUAUGGCCAGGUUACAGGAGAUUAUAUCAUAAGCAACAGUAAUUAGCUGUAGAUAUAUUAAAGGGAAAAUGAUAUUGCAGUUCAGGAAUUCAUGAAAAAGUCUUUCAGGUCACAUAAAGAAAAUUACAAGUUAUUUUAUAGGAAUUAUUUUAUAGAUACCUUUUAAGGUGAAUAAUUUCUCCUUCAAGAUAGAAUAUAAGUGGUGUUGUGUGACAAUCAGUAUCUGCAUCACAGUUAACACCCUCCCCUUCCAUUGGUUGGUACAUGUUAAAAUGAACAUUCUGAAAUGGUCUUUGGACAAGUCUCAUGCUAAAACAGAGAUUUUUGGCCUAUCGGUUAUUAUUGCCUUAGUUGUAAAACUUGUAAAUUUUAUGAGUGUACUGAACAUGUAUUACAUUAUGAUAUAUAUUGCCUAGUGUAUUUUUGUAUCAUAACUGUGCCAUCAGGAAAUCAUAACCAAUUAAAGGAGAUAUUUAGAAUUUGUAUUUUUGAUUUAAUGAUUAUGUACAAAGUUGAUUUUUGUGAUAAAUCUCAUUGAAAACUGUA